GAGCUAACUGACACGUAAUAUUACCUUCACACACACACAGACAGAGACACACACACAUACACACACACAAAAACAUAAAACAACACAGGAGCAGCAGGAAGGAAAGAAACUCCCAGCUGACAGCUUUGAGUUCACUGCAGUGGUGAGAGAGGAGACAUUGUCUGAUCCAGAAUCUCUUCAGAUCUCAAAUCUUCGGUUCCACCAUGAACGUGUUUGACCGCAACAUCAACUUCGACUCCCUCUUCAAGUUCUCCCAAAUAUCUCAUUCGACCCAGGUGCACUUGAAGAAUGUGUACUCCAGCCUGGCCGUGUGUAUGUUUGUGGCUGCGGCCGGCUCCUACGUCCAUGUCGUCACACGCCUCUUACAGGGAGGCCUGCUGUCCGUGCUCGGCUCUCUGGGAAUGAUGUUCUGGCUCGCCAUGACGCCACACAACCCCGAUACAGAGAAGAAGAGACUGGCCAUCCUCGCUGGAUUCGCUUUCCUCACAGGCGUCGGCCUCGGACCCUCACUGGACUUUGUCAUCAGUAUCAACCCAAGCAUCAUCGUGACAGCCUUCAUGGGAACCUCAGUGAUUUUCGUCUGCUUCACUCUCAGCGCUCUCUACGCCAAACGCAGGAGCUACCUGUUCCUGGGAGGCACUCUGAUGUCCGGUCUCUCCCUCCUCUUCCUCAUGUCUGUGAUGAACAUGUUCUUCGGUUCUGUGAUGCUCUUUAAGGCACACAUGUACCUCGGGCUGAUCAUCAUGUGCGGUUUCGUCCUGUUCGACACUCAGCUCAUCAUCGAGAAAGCCGAGAACGGAGACAAGGAUUACGUCUGGCACUGCGUGGACCUGUUCCUCGACUUUAUCACCAUCUUCAGGAAACUGAUGGUCAUCCUCGCCAUGAACGAUAAGGAGAAGAAAAAGGAGAAGAAGUAGAAAAGAAAAAAGUUUUGAGUUGCUGGAAAUUUUAAAAAAACAAUCUUGUCAGACGGCACAACUCUCGAAACGCACUUGAUACUCUUCACUCUGUCUUCAUUUCUUGAAUUAACUCAUGUGGUCUUAUCAUUAUUAUUAUUAUUAUUAUUAUUAUCACUGAACUUUACCUUUUUAUUUUUUUGAUUUAUUCUUUUUUUUCUGUUCAGACUUACAAACAAAAGGUUGAAUGUAAGUUUUUAUGGCACACUAAUAAUAAUUACAAUAUUAAUAAUAACAAUAAUAAUGCUAGACACUGCAGUGAACAUGCUUGGCCUGUAGAGGGGAGUGUUGCCCCUUUUUUUGAAGACUCCCUCCCUCCUCCCCUUUCCCAAAAAAAAAAACACAGAAAAGCUGAGCAUCACUUCCUGAUUUUCAUAUUACUGUUAUUUAGUGCCAUAAAUUAACAACAUGAUAGACUCCUUUUUUUUCUUUUAUUUUGGCGAGUCAUGUGAGCUUUUUCUGAGACUGAUUCUUUUAUUUUGAAGACAUGUAAUUAACUACUUACAUCCCUUGAUUUUUUGAUUAUUUAUAGUUUGUUCCUUCUUUUUUAGUGGAGAUACAGUAUGGUGUCCCCUUUUUUUUUUUUGGCAACAGAUUUCCUCCUUUUUAAAGAAUUACCCCCCCUCUCUCCUCGAUCUGUAAUUAAUCGUUUUUGUUCCCCUUUUUUUUUUGAAAAUAUGUCGACCAACAUUUUUCUUUUUGAGUAGACGACGCCUGGUAACCACGAGAACCCGUCAGACAUCACGACUGACUCGGGCCAGUCUUACGUUUUAGGAUGUUGGCAGUUGAGAAAGGAGGAGGAGAAAGACGAAGAGGAGGAAGAGUGGGAGCCAUCUGUCCCUUUUUAAAAGACAAGCAAGCCACUACUCAGACCAACUCUCCCUCAUCACCCCCAACUUUGUUAAUUUCCUAAAUAUCUGUUGUCUAGGAAUUAGUUUGCCAAAAAAUGAUGAUGUGAUGUUUAAAGGGUAUGAUUUUUUUUUUUUUUUUUUUUUUUGAAAGUGUAUACUGUGAAGAAUUUAUUUUAUUGAUGUAAAAUUGAAAACUAAUAAUUUGAUACAUUUGCUCAAAUAAAUGUGUUAAACGUA